AUGCCGUCGCGCUCGCUCCGCGUAGCCGUCAUCGGCGCCGGGGCCGCCGGCCUGGUGGCGGCGCGGGAGCUCCGGCGCGAGGGCCACGCCCCCGUCGUGUUCGAGCGCACCGACGACGUGGGGGGCACCUGGGUCUACGACGACGCCGACGCAACCGCCCCGCGGGACCCGCUCGGCGCCCGGCGGUCGAACCUCUACGCCUCCCUCCGCACCAAUCUCCCCCGCCAGAGCAUGGGCUUCCUGGACUUCCCCUUCGCCGCCGGCCCUGACGGCGACCCCCGCACGUUCCCCGGGCACGAGGAGGUGCUCCGGUACCUCCGGGAGUUCGCGCGGCGGUUCGACCUCCACGGGCUUGUCCGGCUCGAGACGGAAGUCGUCAGGGUGAGCAGGGACGCGAACGCGAACUCGAGCUGGCGCGUCAGGUACUCGAGGAAGUUGGCCGGCAGCGAGAAGCGCGAAGAGGAGGAGGAGGAGGUGUUCGACGCCGUCGUCGUCUGCAACGGCCACUACUACCAGCCGCACGUCGCCGAUAUCGCCGGCAUGGAUGAUUGGCCUGGGAAGCAGCUGCACAGCAACACUUACCGUGUGCCCGAACCUUUUCAGGGUCAAGUCGUGGUGGUGAUAGGGUGUUCAGUGAGUGCAAUGGAUAUUUCGAGGGACAUCGCCGCUGUCGCCAAAGAGGUCCAUGUUGCCAGUCGAUCGGCGCCUGUUGCCACUUGCGAGAGGCUGCCUGGCCAUCAUACUAACCUAUGGUUUCAUUCAAUGGUCGACCAUGCUGAGGAAGACGGUAGUGUGGUCUUUCAAGACGGCAGUCGUAUCAAAGCGGAUGUCAUCCUACACUGCACCGGGUAUGAGUACAGCUUCCCGUUUCUCGGCGACGACGCAACUAUAUCUGUGGACGACAACCGUGUCGGCCCACUCUACAAGCAUGUGUUCCCGCCACAGGUGGCUCCUCAACUCUCCUUCAUCGGGUUGCCUCUCAAGGUGAUCCCUUUUACGCUCUUCGAGCUCCAGAGCAACUGGGUGGCCGGAGUUUUGUCAGGAAGAAUCGAGCUCCCUUCCGAGGAGGAGAUGAUGCGAGAGGUGAUGGCCUUCUACUCAGGCCUGGACGCUUGCGGACGGCCCCGAAGAUACACACAUGUCCUGGGAGACCUCGAGUUCGAGUACGAGAACUGGCUCGCGGAGCAAUGCCGGCGGGAGUGCAUUGAGGACUGGAGGAGAGAGAUGUUCGCCGUGGCCAUGGAGGACAAUGUGGAUCAUCAUGGGAACCAUAGGGACAUGUGGGAUCGUGGCCACCGUGACCAUUUGUUAGUCCAAGCAAACCGAGAAUUCACCCAGUAUUUUCCUGCAGUCGUCAGCCAUAAUCCUCCUUUGUUAAAUUGUUCACAAAAGAAGAAGAAUACUCCCUAGUUCACAUUGACUGCAUGCAAGGAUUUGGAUACAUGAAAAGUUCCCGGGGUUGGGAUUUCAUGUAAACAGAAAUUACUGAUAUAUUACAAAAUUGGAUAUUGAAGUCGGUAA